AUGGAUCAACUGUCAACUCGGGACCUUAUUGAGCGAUAUAAAACCACGUGUGAUCAAUGCCAAGUGUAUAUCGAAGGUAAAUACAGAGAACUCAAUCAGCUUAAAGAAAGAUACUCUGUUCGCCCGGAUAUUACUGAAAUUUUUAAUCAAAAUGUAAAAUUACGGCAACUCCAUGAACUAGCUCUAUCAGUUAAGAAAGAUACUAUUAACAAAUUUAAAGGCCAAGGACAACAGAAUACAGAAAAAUCCCAAGAUCUUCAAGUUAAAAAUCUUAUUUUAACCAUCAAUGCAGCUAGAACUGUUUAUGUACGCCACCAAAAUAUCCUUAAGUCAAUUGAAGCCCUUAAUGAGCAAAAGCAGAUGUUAUUAGACAAAAAAGACGAAGGUCUUACUCGUCUCCAGCGAGCAAGAGUCUGGGCUAAGAAUACUGAAGAAAUUCGUGAAAACGACCUUCUGAAUGUCAUCAAACAGCAGAAAAACCUUGUCAAAGAAGUAGAAGAUGCCAGUAAAAAAUCGAAAGCCGAAUUUGUUGAAAUCAGUAAGGAUUCUCGAUCCAACCUUUCAUGCUACAAUGAUUUGCAGCUCCUUACUACUCAAUACGAAAAAAUUACUGCUCAAAUUCAAGCGUCCAUGAGAAAUACCCCAGCCCCUGAUCCACAAUCGACACAAGGACAAUGGACCAAUUACACGGAUAAUCUCAUGAUCUCCCUUAACACUCGAUUAGACCAAUAUACCCAAAUAUUAAGAACCUCAUUCCAACUUGACCAUUUGCAAAGCCAGAACGACACUUUAUAUCAUCUUUUCCAAGACAUAUUCGACUAUUACAACGACUGCUACAGUAAAGUGUCCAAUCUUAUCAGCCAAGCCCAGAGUUAUCAGAAAUCUUGCGACACCUUCACUACCCAGUACAAAAACGAUAGUGAGAAACUCCAAUCCGACAAGAAUGAGCUUGAAAACAUCAUAAAAGAAAGAGAUGACAUGAAGAAAGAGCUCGAAACCACACAAUUACGGUUAAAGAACACUCUUAACGAGAAGAGCCGUAUCGAAAAAGGUUCCUCUAAUGAAGACAUCCAACUCCAUAACGAAUACAUUGAUCUCAAGAAGAAAUACGAAAUUACGGCCAAAGAAAAAGAAGAAGAAAACAGGAAUGCCGAAAUUCUUGGAGCUGCAUCUGUUCAAUCCAAAGCAAUCUUUGAGGCUUACUCGAAUAGAAAGGCAUUUCCUACAGCUGUUCAAGAUGCACAAAGAGAUUUCUCUGAAUUGAUGAAAGUUCAGACAGUACAAGUCAUGGAAAUGUCGAAGAAAAUAACAUCAGGACGCAACGAUUCAUCCAAUGAGCUCAAAUCCAUAUUCAGUGAAAUCCGAAAGAAAAUCAAGAUCGAAGAGAACAAGUCCGACCAAUUUACCAAUCCACAACUGCGCAAAUACAAAAUCGAGGAUGCCAAAUUCACCGAAAACGGCGACAAAGUUCUCAUCGAGUGGGCAACCAUCAAAUUCUUCACCGCUCUCCUGUUCAUCACUGAUAACAUGGAGCCUGGCUACAACACACUCCAUAUCUUCACUUGGCACAACGCCAAGAUCGAGCCUAUCAUCAUUCUCAAGCUUUUCGAAGAGAUGCUGAUCAAUGCACACAACGGCAAACCAUUGAUGGACGGAUUGCCUGUUGCCAAAGAGAACUACGUUGCUUCUUUGACUAACAACUAUUUGCAGAAAUGGGUUGCGAUGUUUCCAGAAGACUUUGUUACACUUGUUGAUGAUGGAAGUCUCAAAGGUAUAUAUGGUUACAUCAGAGAGUUCUGCAAUGCCGAUGAAACAAAAGAAUCAAUUGAUUCCGUUCUUAAGAAGCCAAAGGAACAAUUACGUACAUCGAAGGAAUUGAAGCCUGUUGAAAAAGUUGAGAAGAAAUUCGGAACAGCGGAAUAUCUUGAUGACAUAAAGAUAGAACCGCUCAAACACACAUUGGCAUUUACUGCUGAUUCAUUGACAAUUGCUAAUCACAUCAUGUACCACGAACUAGCAAUCUUCAACAACAUAAACUAUAAGGAAUUCGUUGCUUGCGGAUGGGCAAACAAAACAAAUCCAGAAGCAAUUGCUCCUAACCUUGUAACAAUCGCUAAGAGAUUCAACAAAUUAUCACAGUAUAUACAAUAUUCUCUUGUUCAUUACACAAAGAGAGAUCCAAAGGCAACAGCAAUAAUCAUGGCUCAAUGGAUUUUGGUCAUGCAAAAGUGCUCAGAAAUCAGAAACUUCCAUGGUCUUUUCGUUAUCGAUUCCGCUCUUUCUGCUCCACCAGUUACACGUCUACACGGUUGCUGGGAUGCUCUGAAGGAUGUACAAGUCAAGGACUCGAAUCAGAGCAUGAAAGAACUCUACGAUUCCCUUUCUUCCAUCUGUUCUCCACUUCGUAAGUUCAAGAACUACAAGGCGGAGAUCAACAACGAAAAUAAGACAAAGCCGGAGAUGGCAUUGCCUUUCAUGGGUCCCUGGUUAACUGAUAUGGCAUUCAUCAAGGAUGGUAACCCUAAGUCAAAGAAUGACAAUGGUUUCGAAAAACUCAACAUCACAAUGCACAGAGCCUAUUGGGUCGCGUGCUCUUUCUUGAAGAAAGACUGGGGUACAGAGAGAUCUUUCCAGAUAAACGACGAAAUUUUAAAGAUGGUGGAAGAUCUAAAUACAGAUACUUCUUUCACAGAUUCAGAUUUAAUCAACAUGUCUCUUGAAUGCGAACCUGAUCGUAAGAAAUAA